GCCGCAUGCAGAUUAAACGUGAGCAAAUCUCUCAUCACGAGUAAAUAUUACCGAAAAGUUCACGUGAGUGCUGACGGGUUAAUAAAUGAGGUGCAAAAAAGAAUCCCUCUAUGGAACCAUCAUGUUCCCCUCAAAGAAAGAAACCGAGAAGUUUCAAAUUUGUAGAAAGAGGUUUCGAUGGCAUUGAAAGGUAAGCUAGAUGCUGAAGAAUGUAAAAAGAAGUUUAAAUAUAUUCGGGAUACUCAUCGUAAAAUAAUUCAAAAUGAAAGCAAACCAAGUGGUUCAUCAAGGGUCGAUUCUACUGAUGAAUGGAAAUAUUACAGAUGUGAAUUCCUACGAGAUACUUGCUUAAUUCGCCCAACUAGAACAAACGUAGAUCAACAUGCUAGCGCUGGUUUUAAUAACGACGGAAGCUUUAAUAAUGAUUCAUCAAACGCUAUGGACGACAGUUUUGACGAAAGUACUGACCAGGAUAAUAAAUCUGCUAAAAAAGGAAAAAAACGUUGUCAGGAAAUUGCGGAUUCUGUAAAUGCAAUCAAUCGUAUCGCUGAUAUUAUUAGUAAAGAUGAAACACCAGUCGCUCUACCGGAACCGCCAAAAUUGGAUCAAGUUGGUGGAUUUUUGAUCGGUAUCGGCGAUCAAUUACGACAGCUACCAGAUGGUGUCCAAAUGCAAACCAUAAUUGAAAUUUUACAGCUGAUUCGAGAAAAAAAUAACCUAUAUGUACAAAAUGAGUGAAACUAAUAAUUUACAUA